AUGGCUCGUAAAAAUGUGCGAAAAGUGAGGAAAACCAAAUUCGAAUGGACUUCGCUCCCCCAGCGCUUCAAAGAACAAAUCAUCGAGGAAUAUCUGGAUCUGAAGUCAAAAUUAAAAUUUUCCCAAUGCUCGAAAUCUUGCUAUGCUGAGAUUUUAGGAUCGCGAAACUUUUUGAAAUAUUUAAUAUUCACUGAAACUUAUGCUAAAUUCUAUGAAGUCAGAUAUGAGUUUUAUCAGGAUCAACGAGAAUUUCAUAUUGAGUUUGAUACGCUUGAUGCGGAGGAUGAAGACGAUGGAGCACUUUUCCAAGUUUCUUUUUAUAUGUAAGGUUUUUGAGAUUUAAAAAAACGUGCAUUUAAAAUUCAACUUUUCAGCUCCAAUCAUCUCGAAGACGAAUGGGAGUUGAAAAAUAUUGAUGUUUUAAAAUACACCAUCGAAUAUUUUCAAAGACUUAUCGAUCAUUCAACGCACUUGAAAGAAAUCGAAUUCGAUUUUUUCCAUACUCCGAUUUAUCGGAACAUUAAGAAUAUCGAAAAACUGAAAAGUUUGAAAACAUUUCGAAUUUACGAUUUGCGGAAAAACCGUCAUACAUUGGGAGAUAGUGGAUACGAGAAUUUGGGUUUGGUAAGUUUUCUUUGCAAAAAAUUUAUUUUGAUUCCAAACCUCUAAAAUCUUGAAUACUUUUCAGCUCUCGAAACUUCGCAAAAACAUCAUUUGUCCAAUUCCCAGUUUGAAUCUCGAAAACUUGCUCAAAAUCACAGCCCGGAAAUCAAAGUUAUAUGAUGUUAAAGUGAGCCCGAAAAUGGCAAAACAAUUUAUUUUAGCGGUUGGUGAUGGCAAAAUCGAUGAAAAUAUUAAGAAGAUCCGAUUAAUUUAUGACAAAAAUCAGCAAGUUUGGGAUCCGGAGCUGAUUUUUGAUUGUGAUUCUGAUUCUGAAAGCAAAAAUUUAAAAGUCGAUGAUUUCCACAGAGACGAAUAUGCAUUAUGGUUUGACAUGGAAAUCAAAGGAAAGCCGGAAAGAUAUGCGAAAUUUCGAUUGACUGAAAACUGCCUGUUACUAGUUGUCCGACUUCAUGCAAAACGUCAAAUUUAUCGUCAACGAGCUGAAGAAUAUGUUGGAGAAUUAGGCGACGAUGGUGAUGAAUUGCGCGCGGACUCAUAUAAAGAAAAUCCGUCGGACUUUGAGCGGUCUACGGGAUAUGGUGAAAGAUCGGAUUAUGAAUUCUGA